AUGUACAUGCGUUCGGACUUAGCUGCUCUUCGUGUGCGGAAAGAUGUUAACGAGCUGGCCAAGGCCAAGUUCACGUGCGCCCAAGCAAGGACACGAGUGGAGUUCCCUGAUGGAGCGAAUAAUAUGCUGAAAUUGAUAUUUACGAUCUCGAUCAUGGACUUGUCGGGCCCGUUUGCCAACGGCGAUUUUACAUUCUUCGUGGAUAUCCCCAAGACUUACCCGUUUCACGCUCCCAGCGUGAGGUGUCUGACGAGAGUAUGGCAUCCCAAUAUCGAUAUUGCGACGGGCGAGGUUAUGAUGCCAAUUCUUGGCAAGGACUGGCGCCCUGUGCUCAGCAUCAACACUGUCUUGCUUGGCUUACAGUUGAUAUUUCUGGAGCCUGGCAUCGACUACGUUCUUAACCCUGCGGCAGCGGAACAGCUGCACCGAAACCCCGAGCAGUUCAAAAAAGAAGUUCAACAUAUUCUCUGUGGAGGAAGAUUCUACGGUGUUGACUUCCUCGCACACCCACGGCAGCUCGAGAUGCGGCGUCAGAGUUGGGGUCUACGAGCUAAGCGACCUCGUGAUGAUGAAUCGAGCAGUGAAUGGGACGGCAUGUCAAGCCCGAGUGCUAGUGAUGCCGUCGGUAUUGAAGCGCCAGUGCUUAUGGAUUGUACUGAUGGCUCGGCUUGGAAACGACCGAGGAUCGAAUAG